UCAAAGGUCAACUGCUCGUCGACGACAUCAAAUGAUCAUUGUCCAUUUAUAACGGCGUUGAUGACGUUAUAAUUAGUAACAAGGGGGUUAAUUAGAAAUCAUGCAGUUACCUCGAACGUUAACGCAGUGCAGUUUAAUCCUACUAUAUCGAAGUGUCAAGGGAAACGAAAGCAACGUUCGAGAUGUCCGGAGCUCGAGAAAUCCUAGAAAGUUAUUUUAAAGUGACUGAGAAAGUUUGUCUAGUAAAGGGGGAAUGAGUCGAAUUUGAAAUAGCGGGGAAUUCAAGACAAUCGAAGUCCAGAUAGAGAAGCUCAAAUGUGGUAACCUAGAUUUUUCUAUCAUUUCUUCAUUUGUUCAUCACGUUUUUGGGCGGUAUUAGAGAUAGCUUCAUUUCAUUCAGAGAUCAUCACGUUUUUGGGCGGUAUCAGACAUCGUUUUCUUACGAACGAAAUCUAUUUUUAAGGAGCUAUUGUCUAUUUUCCAUUGUCUGUUAGGGUGAUUGCUCCUUUCAGCCGAACGAACCAGAUCUUUCUUUACGCGCAUUUAUCUCUACCUUGCUAUAAUUAACUGUCCAACGAAUCAGUACAUAUGCUAUUGAAUCGUACAUGGCAGAUAUUCGGGGAAAAGGCUUGGAUUUCAUCUACUGUGGACGAUCAAGAACAAUUAUGACAGUUAUCGCUGAACCGUCCUGACAAUUAUAGUUACACCACUCUUUGACGUCUUUUUUUGUCGCCGUGGUAGCGCUGCUUAGUGAAGUGUACAACGAGUGCUAUAAAUUGGAUCAAAGUCAGAAGUGCAGAAUUUAUCGAGACACGAGUGUGUUCUUGACAGCCCCUGCUUCAUUCUCCACUGGACGGUUCCGUAGAUGAACUGCAUGACACCCACUCCUGCAUCGAAGAUUCAAAACGUUUCAUAGAAAAAGCAAGUAUCAGUCGUUUUGGAAUUACUGCAAACAUAAUGAGGGCAAGGGAACGGUUUUCGUGCGCCGUUGGAAAUGUCUUCAACGACCUGUACUCGCAGCUCAUCUUCUCAUUCUUGAUUAUAUUCCUCAUGAAAGUCGUGGAACUUUCAGCUUCACAGGCGGGGAUGAUGGUGCUGAUUGCACAAAUUUCAGACGCCUCGAUGUCUCUGAUAACAGGGUACCUUGGAGACAAUGUCAAUGUUCCUUUCCUAUCGAAAAAAAUCGGCAGACGAAAAUCUUGGCAUCUCGUUGCAACAUUUUUAAUGGCAAUCGGAGUCCCUUUUUUGUUCAGCAAGUGCUUUUUGUGUGAUGGAAGAGAUCAAAGCUGGAUUCCACUUGUCUACUUUGGCUUCUUUUCGGCGUUGACAGGUGGCUGCUUUAGCAUGGUGGAGAUAAAUCACUUGGCAUUUGUCACUAAUGCGGCUGACAAAACUUCGGAACUAACAAUACUUACUGCCUUGAGGACAAUGUUCAGCUUCUUAAGUGGUGUCUAUGUUUACAUCGUCGCCUGGGCUCUUCUUGGCCAAGACAGUGGAGAUAACCUGGGGCCUGACAACCUGACAGAUUUUGCGUAUCUCUCUUGGAUUACAACCGGGACAGGAGUCCUUUUUGCAAACGCUUUCUACAUUGGGACAACGGAACUCAGGAACCGUGUACGAAAAUCUAGUACAUAUAUGGAUCUUGCGCAUGGCGGAGGACUUUUUAUGGGAGUGUUAGAAUUGGGAAAUCAAAACUCUCGAAAUACCAGUCUUGCUCAUUCAAUUGUUCACAUGCUUGUGACUUCGUGGGAUGAAAAAGCAGACCAAGAGGAAGAAGAACAAGACACCCCGGAUCAUGAAAAUAAUCGUCAGAGAAAAAGAAGUCUACUGCGGAAAUUUGUUGAUGUAAUAUUUUUUGACGAGGAGGAGGAGAUUGAUCAUAGUCCAUCACAAACUGAGAUUGAAAAAUCAACUCAGGGAGAUCCUAAAAAAGGAAACAAGGAAAUUCAGAAGGUUCUCGGAAUAAAGGAAGGUCCACAAAGCGACGACACAAGAAAGCAAAUCGUUCUAGAACUGCAGAAGUUACACCGUGAUCGUAAGAAGAGCUUGUUAGUGCGUGUUAUUGAUGGACUCCUAUCCAGAUCAGACUACAGCCAACAAGAUUUGUCGGCAACUGAGAGCAUCGAAGACCCCGUUGCAGUCGACUUUGCAAAUGAUGAAUAUGCAACUGGGGACAGCUACUGGAAGCAAGAAGAACUUCAGGACAUAGAAAGAGACGAUAACCUGGACAACAACAAUGAAGUAGAUUCAGUUAAAGGAGAGCUGGAAAUUGACCAAGAAGACAAGCCUACAUCGGUUUCAGCCAAAUGUAGGCAACGAAGAAGCGGAAUCGUGUCGAUUACAAGUGAUGUACAACUGGGCCUACCCAACUUUGGUUUUGAACAUGAAAGAAGUGAUGAAAUAGAGGAAGAAUGCUCCAGCGACACUUCAGGCCAACGAAGACAAAAAACAUCUGUCACUUUCAGCUUGUCGGAAUUGCCUGUCCAGCCAUUAACGAACGGAAAUGGGGGAAAAGAUUUAGAACUUGAUGCGUCUGUUGAGAAGCUACCGACUGUCGCGGACAGAAGUCAGGAAGACGAUAAAGAAACUGAAUCUGUUGAGGAUGGCUGUAAUCCUUCAGCUUCAGAAGAUAAACAGGAAGUGCUUGGUCUUCCUGUUUCAUCACCAAUUCAUCCAGCUAAGAAAAGACGUCCUAAAACAAUCAAACGCUGGCUGAGGGAUCCAAGCUUGUAUAAGGUAGCGAUUGUCUACACAUGUUCACGCCUUGUACAGGGUACAGUUUAUACAUACUUACCACUGUUUCUCACGGAAAGACUACUAUUUGCAAAGGAAGCCAUCGCCUAUUUUCCAUUGGUUCUUCUGAUAAGUGCAUCUUUGUCAAGCCUGUUUUGUGAGAAACUCAACAAAAAGAUUGGAAGCAAGUGGAGUUACCUUCUGGCAGCUUCCCUUGUGAUAGGCGGUGCUCUUUGGAGUUAUUUUCAAACUCCUUCCACCAGGCAAGCGACCUAUGCACCAGUCAUAUUGAUAGGAUUUGGCAUGUCCGUUAUGUAUGUAAUGGCGCUGGCUUUUAUCACUGAACUGAUAGGAGAAAACAAGGAAACCAGUGGAGCAGUGAUUUCAAUUAUCACUGUAAUUGCUAGACUGGCAAGUGGCGGCCUUGUCAUUGGUAUACAAGGAUUUUAUCCAGAGAAAGACACUGAUUCAAAUGAGGCCAUUAGCGAUUACGUACAACACGUCUUUGUAAUGACGCCUGGGGUAUUAACUCUGAUUGGAUUCUUGCUGGUUUUGUUUUUCCAAUCUUCAGUGUUACCCUGCAAGUUCAAAGCACAAAAAGAGGACAUUGAAGCUCAGGGACAAGAAGAUAAAUCUCCAUCUGAUGGCGCUGUUUCGCAGUUUUCAUUCAAGCACACUGCAAACCCAACCGUCCCUCAAGAUGUAAACCAAAACUCUAUCAUGGAUGUUACGCAUUUUCGUCCUGAAGACACGAAGUUUUAGAUGGCUUUUUUAUGACACCCAUUGCACAUAAACCUUUUUAUGAUAUAUAGCGACCCGAUUUCUGUUUUAGACCUUAAGUGCCUAGAUCACGCUUGGAUAGGCGCUAUAAAAAUACUAUUUAUUAUUUUUUUCGUUUUUUAAACAAUAAGUGGAAAGGAAAAUUCCCACUUAUCUAACUGCCCUCAUCUUAUUGACUUAACUCUUGCGUAUUUGAUGGCGUCACUUUAGACUCCUUAUGCACAAGUUCAGCCAAAUUACACGUUCUUUUAAACAGCUGCAGGUUUAAACUACGUCUCGUGGUUGAGUUAAAGCUAAAAUUAGGAGAGUUUAUCAAGUCAAACCGUUUCCAUGGUAACUUGUAAUGCUAAGGAAAUGAUCAUAUCUUGUUCACCAAUCAUUAGCUAUUUCUUUGCUUCCAUUAUUAUGGCAUCACCUGGAAAAACGUGGUAGCAUUGAUUCAGCAAAGGAGAGGUGCUGAAAAAAUGCUGGAAAGAAUUUCGGAGCCACCUUAAAAGUAGAGAAAAAUAAUCAACAUCCGCAGGAAAUCGGGUCCAUUUUAUCAUCGACCCAGAUGAAGACAAGGAGGCGUUUGAACGGAAAUGCCUGGCAUGAAGAAAUGGAAACCCCUUAAACUGUUAAACUGCUUAUCAGAUAAAUUCAUUGCAAUAAAAUCACUUUUGCGGCGGAACUGCAUGAGUCACGACCCGGAAAUUCAGUGUAACGACGGAUCGAUCCGUCGAAUUAUUAAUACCUAAAUGUAUUAUUUUGAAUAAGAGGCAUGUAUACUUAAGUGCACAUCAAAUAACUAUGCUUUAAUUACAGUCAGCUAUAUAUUGUUAAA